GGAGAGGCAUCCGCUCUCUGAAGGCGUAGCGUGAAUCAUGUCGAGUCUGGCGGUGAGAGACCCCGCCAUGGAUCGAUCGCUGCGUUCCGUGUUCGUGGGGAACAUUCCGUACGAGGCCACGGAGGAGCAGCUGAAGGACAUUUUCUCUGAGGUUGGUUCUGUGGUCAGUUUCCGGCUGGUGUACGACCGAGAGACGGGGAAACCCAAGGGUUAUGGCUUCUGCGAGUAUCAGGACCAGGAGACGGCGCUUAGUGCCAUGCGGAACCUUAACGGGCGGGAGUUCAGCGGGAGAGCGCUGCGGGUGGACAAUGCUGCCAGUGAGAAAAACAAGGAGGAGCUGAAGAGUCUAGGGCCUGCCGCGCCCAUCGUUGACUCACCCUACGGGGACCCUAUCGAUCCGGAAGAUGCCCCAGAGUCCAUCACUAGAGCCGUCGCCAGCCUCCCUCCGGAGCAGAUGUUUGAGUUGAUGAAGCAGAUGAAGCUCUGCGUACAAAACAGUCACCAGGAAGCUCGAAACAUGCUUCUGCAGAACCCGCAACUGGCUUAUGCACUGUUGCAGGCCCAAGUCGUGAUGAGAAUUAUGGAUCCUGAGAUUGCGCUGAAAAUUCUGCAUCGUAAGAUCCACGUCACACCUCUUAUCCCUGGCAAAUCGCAAUCUGUCGCUGCUGCUGGGCCUGGCCCUGGUGCUGGGCCUGGCCCUGGCCCUGGACCAGGCCUCUGCCCAGGGCCUAAUGUGCUGCUGAACCAGCAGACUCCUCCAGCCGCUCCGCCCCAGCAUUUGGCCAGAAGGCCUGUGAAAGACAUACCUCCUCUGAUGCAGACUCCUAUCCAGAGCGGCCUGCCAGCCCCAGGCCCAAUCCCAGCGCCUAUUCCUGGCCCUGGUCCUGGCUCCUUACCUCCUGGAGGAGGGAUGCAGCCUCAAGUUGGAAUGCCAGGAGUUGGCCCAGUGCCUUUAGAGCGGGGACAAGUGCAAAUGACAGAUCCCAGAGCUCCAAUACCUCGUGGACCCAUGGCUGCAGGUGGCAUACCACCUAGAGGACUUUUAGGAGAUGCUCCAAAUGACCCGCGUGGAGGGACUUUGCUUUCAGUCACCGGAGAAGUCGAGCCUAGAGGUUACCUGGGCCCAGCCCAUCAGGGUCCUCCCAUGCACCAUGCCGGUGGUCAUGACAGCCGGGCCCCUUCCUCACAUGAGAUGCGUGGCGGGCCAAUAGCAGACCCCAGAAUGCUAAUUGGAGAGCCCAGAGGACCCAUGAUAGAUCAAAGGGGACUCCCCAUGGAUGGCAGAGGUGGCAGAGACUCUCGAGGGAUGGAGACUCGAGUCAUGGAAACCGAGGUCCUAGAAGCACGAGUCAUGGAGAGAAGAGGAAUGGAGACCUGCACAAUGGAAACGAGAGGAAUGGAUGCAAGAGGAAUGGAGAUACGGGGCCCUGGCCCCAGUCCUAGAGGCCCAAUGACCAGUGGACUGCCCGGGCCUGGUCCCAUUAAUAUGGGGGCAGGUGUGCCUCAGGGCCCUAGACAGGUCCCAAACAUUCCAGGGGUAGGAAAUCCUGGAGCAGGAAUGCAAGGAGGAGGCAUGCAGGGAGCAGGAAUGCAAGGAGGAGGCUUGCAGGGAGCAGGCAUGCAGGGAGCAGGCAUGCAGGGGGCAGGCAUGCAGGGAGCAGGAAUGCAGGGAGCAGGAAUGCAAGGAGCAGGCAUGCAGGGAGCAGGCAUGCAGGGGGCAGGCAUGCAGGGAGCAGGCAUGCAGGGGGCAGGCAUGCAGGGAGCAGGCAUGCAGGGGGCAGGCAUGCAAGGAGGAGGCAAACAAGGUGGAGGCCAACCCAGCAGUUUUAGCCCUGGGCAGAGUCAAGUAACUCCACAGGAUCAAGAAAAAGCAGCUUUGAUCAUGCAGGUUCUUCAACUGACUGCAGAUCAGAUUGCCAUGCUGCCCCCCGAGCAAAGGCAGAGUAUUCUCAUCUUAAAGGAGCAAAUCCAGAAAUCCACUGGAGCUACUUGACUUUAGAAAAUAACUUGUCAGUAGUCUCAGAUCAUUUUGUAGCAUCAGGUGUGGGCGUCAACAGCUGCCUUGUGUAUACCCACACUGAAAUGAUAAAAUUUUCUCCCUAGAGACUAAUAUGAUCUUCUGUCUUUUUCUUUCUACUUUGCUUAUUAAAAUUUAACUGAGGGAUAAGAGGGUGAGGGGACAAUUUUGUUCACUUUAAGUCAACAUAAAUAUACAAAAACAACAAAUAAUGUAUCCAGUAAGAUAAAGAAUGUACAGCAGUAUAAGAAGAGUCAAUAUGUUAACUACAUUUUACAAUAUCGGCGAAACUCUAAAAACUACACAAAAUACUAACUGGUGGCCUGUUACCGUGUUAAUUUGCUAAGAUAGUUUAAGAUGUUUCUGAUUGUGUAGUAAGAGAAAGCCUGGUAGGGCAGUGAUUAAAGUGGUAGGCUGUUAACUGAAAUGUUAAAGGUUCACAUCCUUCAGCCACUCCUUGGGAGAAAGAUUUGGCAGUCCGCCUCCAUCACAUUUGAAAGCCUUGGAAAUCCCGUGGGGCAGUUCUACUCUGCCUUGCUAUGGAGUCAGAUCAACCUGAUAACAAAGGGUGUGACUUUUUGGUUAUAAAGAAACCUCAAAAUUAUAAGCUAUGUAAUUUUUUUUGGUAAACUGUUCUAGAAUUUGAAUUUCUAUGUUGGGGGUAAUUGCUAUAUUAGGUUAAAUGGUUUAGUGCUAUUAUUUUGAAAUGUUACUGUUAACAGGUUAACUAAACGUGUGGUAUCAAUAUUGUCUUUUUUCUAAAGUGAUGUAACCUGAAACAUGAAUAAAUGCACUAGUUUGAAA